AUGAAGGGUUUAAUUCUCUCCGGCGGCAAAGGGACUCGUUUGCGUCCCCUGACCUACACCUCCGCCAAACAAUUGGUGCCGGUGGCCAACAAACCGGUGCUCUUCUUCGGCAUCGAGUCGAUUGUCGCCGCCGGCAUUACCGACAUCGGGAUCAUCGUCGGUGAUACCAAAGACGAGAUUCGGGAAGCGGUCGGCGACGGCUCCCAAUUCGGCGCCACUGUGACUUACAUCGAGCAAGACGCACCGCGCGGACUGGCUCACGCGGUAAUGAUUGCCGAGGAUUUCAUUGGUGACGAUUCCUUCGUCAUGUAUUUGGGGGACAAUCUCAUUGCCGGUGGCAUCGCCAGCCUGGUCGAGGAAUUCCAGGAUCUCAAGUGCAAUGCCCAAAUCCUGUUGGCCGAGGUUCCCAAUCCCCAGCAAUUCGGUGUCGCCGAGCUGACCGCCGACGGCGAGACCAUUGAGCGUCUCACCGAAAAGCCGAAGGAGCCCAAGAGCAAUUUGGCUUUGGUCGGUGUCUACAUGUUCGACAAGAACAUCUUCGACUCGGUGAAGAACAUCAAGCCUUCCGCCCGGGGCGAGCUCGAAAUUACCGACGCGAUCCAAGAUCUGAUCGAUCGCGAUUUGAGUGUGCAUCCCCACAAAGUGCGCGGAUGGUGGAAGGACACCGGCAAGCUCGAAGACAUGCUCGAGGCCAAUCGCAUCGUGCUCGAAAGCUACGACCUCAAGCGGCAGCACGGCCAACACGGCGACGGCACCAUCUUGGAGGGCCGCAUCGGUCUCGGCAAAGACGUGCAGCUGAUCAAUUCCGUCGUCCGCGGCCCGGCGGUCAUCGGUGACGGGGCCCGCAUUGAGAACGCUUUCGUCGGCCCCUACUCCGCCAUCGGUGACGGCUGUGUGAUCGCCGACAGCGAGAUCGAGAACUCGAUCGUGCUCUCCAAUAGCGAGAUCCGAGACAUUCCCGUGCGCAUCGACGGCUCCCUUGUGGGCAAGAACGCCCGAAUCGUGAAAUCUCCCGCCAAACCCAAGGCCUACCGCUUUAUGUUGG